UCCUCUAACUUUCAUUUUUUUGUUAAUUUUCAGACGAUUAUGAGCGGGGCUAAAGGAAAUUCAAAUUUUUGUAAUGAAUCUGUGGAAAACGAGAGUUGUCUUGCAGAUUCUGACUUUUUAAAUGCUUCUAUUUUUGCUCCUUUGGAGAUACCAAAUUUCAAGCAGCCGAAUGCUCCUACGGUUCAAAGUAAUUCUCAGCAGCUAGAACUUAGAAUAAAUGAAUUGGAAACACAAGUAGAACAAUUAAAAGCAAAUGAUGGAUUGUCUUUAUUAAAAAUUAAAGGUUUAGAAGAAGAAUUAGAUGUUCGAGAAAAUGAGUUGGCUAGAGCACAAAGAGAAUACCACUCUUCGUUCUGA